AUGAGCGCCUCAAAAUACCCCAUCCACCGCCUUCCGCUACCGGCAAAGACCCUACAAUCCUGCAUUCCUCAGCUGGAACUCGAUCCCUCCCCUGUCUCUCAACGCCGUGCGACCACCUUCAAGACCUCCACCGAAGGGAUCUGGGCGCGCGUUAACCCCUUAUGGGCUUCCUGGCCACUUCGGGUGACCAAGGAGGAGUUGCUGGAGAUGGGCGUCGAUGUGGAUGCGGGGCAGCAGGUCAAUGUGGAGGAUGUGCUGAAGCGAUGGGAUGCCGUCGACUCUGUUGACCAGGAGGCGGAGAGCAGCAAGUCGGCGCUGCAAAGGUGGACGAGCGAUCAUCGGCUCAAGCUGGAGUCUUACCUCCUCGGUGUCUCACAGGGCACGCUGGAGGAUUCGCUGCCCCAGCUUGAUGCUAGCUCGGAUUUGUCAGCGGAUAGCGAGGCAAAUACCGUACUGACGGAUGUCUUGUCCGGGAGACAUGUUGUUGCCAGUGGGGAAGGGUCUUAUGGGCCCUGGUCUACGAGGUACUGUGGGCACCAAUUUGGGGUCUGGGCGGGUCAGCUUGGGGACGGUCGAGCUAUUUCUUUGCUGGAGACGACAUCGGACAAGGGCGGGCGGCAAGAGAUCCAGCUGAAAGGUGGCGGGCGGACGCCGUUCUCCCGAACUGCGGAUGGCCUAGCAGUAUUGCGGAGUGGAGUAAGAGAGUAUCUCGGUUGUGAAGCCAUCGCCGCUCUCGAUAUACCCACCACCCGCGCCCUGGCACUUCUCACCGCGCCCUCCCUGCCCGUCAUGCGCGAAUACGGACCCGAGCCGACCUCCCUCACCGCGCGUAUCGCUCCCUCUUUCAUCCGUAUCGGACACUUUGAGGCGCUCAGCCCGUCCAAGUCUGCGCGGGAUUCGCGCCAGAUGUUCUUUGGCGGGCAGUGGCGCGGUGCUGCUGAAGAUGAGGAUGGCGGACCGGUCGGCGGGCAAGGGAAUCUGGAGAGCCUGGGAAAGCUGGUGGAGUGGUGUAAGGGCAUCAUGGGGGAGCUUGGCUGGUUUGAGGGGAACGAGAAGGUGGGAGCGAAGGAGGUGUUUGACAUGGCAGUCAAGAGGAACGCGGAGAUGGUAGCUGGGUGGCAAGCGUAUGGGUUCUGCCAUGGGGUCAUCAAUACGGACAACGUCAGCAUCCUGGGCCUAACAAUAGACUAUGGACCUUACGCGUUCAUGGACGUCUUUGACGAGAACCACAUCUGCAACCACUCUGACCCUUCCGGCUUGUAUUCAUACGCGAACCAACCCCCUCGCAUCGUCUUCGCUCUCGACAAGCUGUAUCAAGCACUAGCCCCUCUCAUCGGAUACGAAGCCACGUCUUCGACUAUCGCCACUGAGGGCUGGUCAUCGAAAGCGAGUUCUUCCGAUGUCGAAGCUUGGCGGAACGAGGCGGAGGUCGUUAUGAAGGGCUGGGAGGAGAAGUACUGGUCGAUUCAAAAGGCCAAAGAGAAGGAGCUCUGGAUGAAGCGAUUCGGUCUGAAGACGUCUCAGCCCUCGGACGACAGAUCGAUCAUUCAGGACUUCCUCUCCAACCUUCACGCGUACAACAUGGACUUCCACACCUCUUUCCGCCGCCUCGCUUACUUCUCCCCUCCACCUCCUUCAUCCACCGCUGCCGAAACCGACAACCAUCUUUCGGAAUACAUCACCUCGUUCGUCCAGGCCGGUAUCGUCGCGCGCGAGGAAAGCGAGGUCACCUCAGCCAUUGAGGGAUGGACGAAGUGGUUCAAGGUCUACGGGGAGCGUAUCUCAGCAGAGGAGGAUGCAUGGGGGUCGGGCGGACUGGGCGAAAGGAAGCAGUCAAUGUUGGGUGCGAACCCGAGAUUCGUGUUGAGGCAGUGGGUUCUGGAGGAGCUCAUCAAGGGGAUGGAGGCGGGCGUAAAGGCGGGUGACGAAGCUGGGAAGGCGGAUGCAAGGGCAAAGUUGGCGAGGAUACUAGCUAUGUCCGCGAGCCCGUACGAGACGUAUGGCGAGGAAGUAGGGGACGGGGCCUGCCCCACGCCUGAGGUGGAGGAAGAACGGCGGCUGUGCGGGCUUGGCAGUCGGAACAUGCUGGGGUUCCAGUGUAGCUGUUCCAGCUAG